AGAAGGUCCUAUAGCAAGGUCCAACAAUGCAUAUGUUGGCAGUUCAAGAGAAGCCCUCCGACCAGUACUGCCAGACUCUGACCAGAGUGCUGUUCAACUCUGGUGUAGCUAUAACAGUGCUGUCAUGUGUAGCCCUAUUCCUCAACCUGGGUAUUCUGAUCGUGUACUGGAAAGCAAGGAGACUUCUUACUCCUCAGUACUUGGCUAUCAUCAAUGUUGUGGUAUCCGACUUGUGCAGUGCAAUUGUUGGAGUCACGUUCAGAGGUCCAGGAAUGGUGCACCCUAGCCUCUUCUACGGCGGAUCAGCCUGUCCUGAUGAAACAACUGCGUCUGACUCCGUCUCUACAUUCUGCUUCUGGUCACCUUACAUAGCAUGGGCAUUUGCUUAUCAGAACGCUUGUGCUAUCGCUAUUCUCUCACUCGAUAGGUUCAUUGCUAUCAGCUUUCCAUUCUGGUACAAAGUGAUGAUAACGAAGACACGUGCACGAAGGAUAACUUACAUCACUUGGGGAUCUAUCAUCUCAUAUCUUGCUUUACAUGCAAUACUCCUUCAUAUUGGUUACACUACUGUCGUGUGGGUGCCAGCUGACGGUAGGUGCAUGUACAGGGUACAGUCAGAUUCCCAAGACAUAGACUCGGAGUGGAGAUUUAAAAUAUUUGAAGACUCAAUCUUUUUCAUUUUCCCGCUGGUGGUCACUGUGGUUUGCUACUUGUUUAUACUAGCUAAGGUGAUAAAAUCACGGCAUCAAAAAGAGGAGCUGGUGGCGGUCCAGACAAAACCCUUGUGUUUAACGUUUUGUAUAGUGGUAUCGAGCUGUGUACCUUGGAUACUGUACUUCAUCUCAAACUACAUGCAGUACAGAGUUCAUCAUAUCAAUGUUAUGAUAGUCAGCUACAUAUUCUUCUACGUUUCACCGAUAGUGAACCCGAUUAUAUUCUCAACAAGGAGUAAAACAUUUCACCAUGUCUUCUGGGACCGGGUCAUAAGAUCAAAGUCUAAAAGGAAAGAGUCGUACAUAAAGCGGUACAAAAGGCACAAGUCAGGAUCUUCAACUACAUCCUACCAAUCAAGAGCAGCUCCCAGGAUUUCUAAUAAAUCACGUGACAUAGAACCGAAACUUCCUCCGAAAACACUGCAGAAUUUAAAGCCGAUAAAUGCACUAGAUAAUGGGCUUGUCUUGGAAAAUGAAUGUAAGGAUGUGUUAUAUGUCGGGGACACUUUUGUAUAACACUCUGGAAAAGUGCCAAAGAAGAAGAAUCAAGGACCGGACGGAUUUUACAACAGACUUGCAGUGCAGUUCAUAUCCAUCACAAAUUCAUUGAUAUGACUAUUAGUAUUAAAGUGCGUAACUUCGCCUCUAAAACAGGUGAAGUUUGAUGUGAUUCUUUCUUAAAGCCGGUGGAAGAUAUUGAGUUUAUUUGCUUUACUAAAUUAACAUUUAAAGUUACAAAUUAAAACUUUGAUGUUACAGCCAUGACACGCUUCUGAUCCUUUAGAAAUGUAGACAAAAGUAGUCGGUUUCAACCGUAUUUCAACCGUACUUCAAAAUAAUGUCGAUGAGGAGGGACUGCUUCUAUAUUCUAUGGACCAAUAGAAUUGCGAUUAUAACUAUACGUUACUAAACUUAAAUAUAGCGUGAAAUGAUUUUUGUGGUUUCUUUGUUGAUUUUGCCAUAAUAUGUUAAUUCAGCUUUCAUUUCAGAAUGUUAAUUAAAAUUAAUGAUACUCAACUUUUUGAUAAAAUUAUUGAUAAAUGAUUGGUAUUAACAAGGUUUGUUUUAUAAAUAUUGUCUGAAAUCAUUAAUAUAUAAUCAUCAUUCGUUGCAUACAUUUAAGUAUUCCAAACUUUGAAAAAUGGAUAGUC